UGCUGGAGGCGAGGACCUGGCGCUGUGGGAGCCGCCACAGCCGGGCGAGAGGCGCGUUCCCCCGUGGCCCACCAUGUGAGGGAGGACCACCGCCCCCCUCACCGAGGCUCUCCCCCCUGGACAGUUCACUGAUGAAAUGGAGCCAGGGACGAAUUCUUUCAGAGUGGAGUUCCCCGACUUCUCUAACACCAUCCUGCAGAAGCUGAACCAGCAGCGGCAACAAGGGCAGCUGUGUGAUGUUUCUAUCGUUGUCCAGGGCCAUCUGUUCCGAGCCCAUAAAGCCGUUCUGGCAGCCAGUUCCCCUUACUUCUGUGACCAAGUGCUCUUGAAAAACAGCCGGCGGAUCAUCCUGCCCGACGUCAUGAACCCCCGAGUCUUUGAGAACAUCCUCCUGUCGACGUACACUGGGCGGCUGGUGAUGCCUGCCCCUGAGAUUGUCAGCUACCUCACGGCAGCAAGCUUCCUUCAGAUGUGGCAUGUAGUAGACAAAUGCACAGAGGUGUUGGAAGGGAACCCUUCGGUUCUUUGUCAAAAGCUCAAUCGGGCCAGCGACCACCAGUCCCCGAGCAGCAGCAACUACAAUGGCCUCGUGGAGAGCUUUGAGCUGGGGCCGGCGGGGCAGACGGACUUCCACAAAGCGCAGGAGCUGAGGGACGGUGAAAACGAAGAGGAAAGCUCGAAAGACGAGCUCUUGUCUCAGCUCACGGAGCACGAGUAUCUUCCCAGCAACUCCUCCACGGAACAUGACCGGCUGAGCACAGGGAUGACCAGCCAGGACGGCGAGGAGGGAGCGAGCGACGGCGCUGAGUAUCAGUACACCCGGCCUCUCUACAGCAAGCCGAGCAUCAUGUCGCACAAGCGAUGGAUCCAUGUGAAAACAGAGAGGUUUGUGCAGGACUGUGAAGGGGCGGAGGCGCAUGGCCCUUACGACGAGCAUCAGGUAUCCGAGUCGAUGAACGCCGCUCAGGCAGAUCACUCCGUCCAGACGUCCGUCCCAGAAGAUCUCCGCGUCUCCGAGAAAAAGAUGGACACAGGCUUCAGCGGGCAAGCCAAUGAAAGCAAUUACGACGAGCAAGUGGAUUUCUAUGGCUCUUCCAUGGAAGAAUUCUCCGGGGAACGCUCUGACAGCACUCUGAACCUUCAGAGACAGGAGGCUGGCGGUUACGGAGAAGGCCUCGAUCUGCCUUCAAGGAUCAAGGAAGAAAAUGCCCUUUCCGGGUUCCCUACGGCUGACAAGCUUUACCCUUGCCAGUGCGGCAAAAGUUUUACACACAAGAGCCAGCGAGACCGCCAUAUGGGGAUGCACCUUGGCCUCCGCCCUUACGGCUGUGGCGUGUGUGGCAAGAAGUUCAAAAUGAAGCACCACCUGGUCGGCCACAUGAAAAUCCACACGGGCAUCAAACCUUACGAGUGCAACAUUUGCGGGAAAAGGUUUAUGUGGAGGGACAGUUUUCAUCGGCACGUGACUUCUUGCACCAAGUCGUACCAAGCCUGUAAGGUGGAGCAGAACGCUACUGAGAUGAACUGAAAAAGAGGUGGGGCGGGGGGAAGGAGCAGGGAGAGCGAGAGCACGUUGAUGCUUUGCAUGAACACGUUGCACAGUGUGUGCCUGGUACUUCUUGUUUUGAAAUUCCGAAUGGCUUGUUUAAAAUGAAUGAUCUGGGGGAACCCGUGGAUACAAGCAGGACGCUGAUGUCCGAGCUGUCGCUGGGGGACGUCUGUCCCAAGGCUGCAAAUAAGGAAGCAAGUUAGAGUUGGUGGUACAUUCGUGUGAUUAUAAUUAUUGCUAUUUAUUCUUUCGAGUGUCAGGAGCACUUGGGGGGUUUCUUCGUAGGAACGCUGAGCGUCAUUUUCGCUUUCCGUUCAUCUCGGUGGCGUUCCGCCUGGAUAUUUAAGUUUCGGCGACCAUGUGUAUAGAUAGAUACACAUCCUGAGUUCCUCAGGUGGCUACGUUCUUUCAUUGUACUGCUCGGCGUGGCAGUACUUGUGUUUUAAAUUAAUAAAAGAGAAACAAAAGCAGUGACUUGUUUAGAACCAAAGGGUGAUUAGAUAACUAAACGCGAGUUGCUAGACAACUUUCAGGUGCCGGCAGCUUUAACAGGCGGCUGCUGUUGGUUUUUUGAUCAGUCAAAUCUGGAGUUCCAUUGACUUGGCUCGGUUUGUUCUGGCAGAGUACCUCUGCUUCAUGCUUAUUUUUUAAUCUUUUGUAAAGCACUUGGCUAUUUUGUGGCAGACACUUUAGAGACAGAAUAUAACCUCAUUCUUUCCCCCACCCCAGCCCCCAAAACAUUGUGCCUAACGCAAUAGUCGGUCAACGAGCCUUUGCUUUUCGCCUGCCGUGGGAGAGUAUCGCGUCUGAUCCCUCGGUAGAGACAAGAAUGCUCUUCUCUGGCUCUUGAGGCUCAAAGCAGACAUUUGUUCAGUCUUACCCACUUUAGGAAUUUGCACUUCAAGAACAGAAUGCAAUCUACUGAUUUCUACUUCAGGGUUCGCAGUCUAAGCUUUUGGCACUGGCUGCCUCACUCAACUUCAUGGGGCGACCCGAGGAGCUGAAGCCGCAUGGAGCGACUCCGUGAUUAAAAAUCAAAAUGGCUUUGGCCAGAUAUUCCCUGACACGGUGUGGUGCGGCGCGGGUAUCUCCAAACCUGAAGCGGCCUCCAGAUUCCUCGGUAUGACGCUUAUCCGCUGCGGCGGAUGAAUUUUUAAACACUGGAUUCUUUUCGUAACCAGAUUUAAAGAGCUACGGUUCUUUUCCCUGUCCCCUCUUUUCCUCACCCCCAACUACAGGGUGAAGGCACAAGGUGAACGCAACAUGGUGGAAUGGUCAGAGCAUUUGUGCUGCUAUUUGAGAGGGUGAAAGAAAUAUCCCCCCCUAUUUGCUGUGGACAGAGGUGGUGUAGAUGGUAUCAGCCAUGAACAUUACCUGGCAAAGGUAGCUUAAUUUCUUAACGGAAAUAAUUAAUCAGUGCCAUGAGGGCUUACUAGUGCCCAGGCAUGUCUGUGUUUUCUUCUCCCGGCCCCAAGCCUCAGCCUGUAAACUGUGAACACACAUGGUGGACCUUGUAUUUUAAACCUAUGUGCACCCGCCAAGGACAGCAAACAUUUCUGGGGUUGUUACCCUCUUCCCAUAAUUACCCAGUUUAAACACUGGCAUAGCUGUACUGCAACUUCUUCGGUGCGUUGCUUGCAGGUUUUAACGUGAAAAAGAAAAUCAAACGCUUUUCUAAACUUACCAGUCCUUCAGAUCUAUCUCCCCACCCCCUCCUUCUGUGGGUAAACUUUUAAAUUUUCGGCUUCUCUAGUAUGGCACCUUCUAUUGCUGGCAAUGGACACAUGCAUAUAGACGACCACCAGCAAGCGUCUGUUCUCCCUGCUGAUAUGAACUUGUCAGUACCCCCCGGGGCAGAAGCGGCUGUCACUGGCUUGAACCCGAGCAAAACAAGCUAACUCAGCAGGGAUCUACUUGCUAACACUGUAACCUGCUAAAUGUAUAGAAGCACUUUGUAUUUAAAAGCAAAAAUGAAAAAAGAACCCUUUAUAAUGUUUUUUUUUUUUUAGAACUUUAAAAAAAAGAGAGAGCAAAAUAUAUAUUCCUUCUGGUUUGUUUUCUUAUUCAUGUUGUCUGGGUUUUUGUGUGUGUGUGUGUGUGUGUGUGUUUAUUUUCAAUCCUGAAAUUUUAUAAUGGGUAAGAAGCUUUUUGUUUACAUGAGCGUUGGUACUGGGGUUUUGUGAAUGGGACUCUGCUUUUAGUUUUGUGUCUUUAAAAUUAUUUGGUUUUGUGUUUUUUUUAAAUCCUUAUUGCCUUAGAAUGUCCAGGAAGCCUCUCACCCCCACCUUGCAAACUUCUAUGGGCUCGGUUAGGUAAAAAAGGGGGCUGUGUGUCUUACGGUUCUCAACUUUUCUCGCACUCUGACCUCACAAGCUGUUCCUCUAUGCUGCCAAUCUAGCCAUAGCAAAAAGAAGAGAGGUUCAACAUGCCCAAUCCUGACUGCCAGCCCUGCUUUUGUGCCAUGACCUGCUUCCCAAUGGGCAGGAUUUAAGCAACUGAAGCUUUCCCCACAAACAGAGAAAAGAAGCGUGGGAAAGCUUCACCAGUGUAACUUCUGCCUCUUGGGCAACUGCAAAGCCCUGGAAUCGCGGCCCCAAACUGUCAUGGAAGACCUUUCGCUCAACCCGCUGGGAAGCUCUCCUGCACAACAGGCCAUCCAGAAAAAUGGGAAGUUUGUGCAGGAAUCGUUUCUCUUUUGUAUCAGUCUUGGGCAGGAAGCUUUCUUGCCGGAUGGUAUCGUUUGCUAUCUGCUUGAUGCCCUGUCUGGACAAGUCGUGUACAGUUCACUUGAAUAUAGGAACAGUUACUGAAUAACUGACUACAGAGCUUUAAAAUAGAGUUAAGAUAGUGUUUUAUCGAAGAGAGGAAAAUAUCCAAGAACCUUUCAUUGGCCCUGUUCAGAAGACAUCUUAAACCAUGGCUUUAACCUUGGUUAAAGGUGGGGCCAUAAUGAAUUUUCAGUAUUAAGCAGUAACUUAGAUAUCUAUCUAGAAGAAGAAAAACAUUUCUCACAAUUAACCUGGACAAUCCUGGGCCUGUCAGGAAGGCAGCUGUGCACACAGGCUUAAUUUCUGCCCCUUGUCUUCUCUGCCAGCAGUUCCAAGCAGAACAUGUCCAUUAUUGACAGUUCGAUAGAAUCAUGGUUGAUCCAUUUGCUUCUGUGAGAAGUUCUGCCAGGAAGUGUUACUGGGGAAGGGGUAGGCCUAAAGCAGGAGAAGGAAACUUGCAACCUUCCUGGAGUUGUUGGCCUACGACUCCCAUUAUCCUUGCCCAUUUAUGAUGGGAAUCGGAGUCAAACAACAUCUGGAAGGCCAUAAGUUCCCUACCGCUGGUCUAAAGUCUUGAAUGUGUUCACACAUCUCUUCCAAUCAUGGGUCUGGGAUUGUGUGUAUUGUGAUGAAUAGCAAUAUAUAUACUCACCAUGCUAUGCUGAAUUCCAUUUUUCAGUAAAGGAGUGCUACCUAACACUGCCUUGCCAACAAAGAAGUGUUCUUGUCCUGUUGAGUACUUCAAAUUCAGAUAUACGCUUCAUUUUGAAAUUAAAUAGAAUGCCUUGAUAACAAGGGCAGCAUCUUUCUCUAAAACCUCUUUCCUUUCAAGAGAGGGAGAAUUAGCCCUUGGGUACACCUACAGCAAGUCUUUAGAUCUUGGCUAUUAUCUUUCAAACAACUACAGCUAGGAUGAUCCAUCUUUUUCCUCCACAGCAGUCUGCUUUUGGUAGUACGUACUAUAUUCAUGCUGAUUUGUGAAGAUAAAACUGCUGGGUUUGGGAACUCUAUUCUUAUUCCUAAUCCUUAAAGGAUUUUAGAGGUAUUAACCACAGACCCGUGAGUGCUUAACAGGUGAUUUGUCAACACUUUGCUAACACAGCAUGCUUCACAAGUCGAAGAGUGUAGGUUUAAUGUCAAGUCUACUCUUCGCAUCCUUUGUUUUUAAAAUGACAAUUCCUGAAUGUUUUAGGGGCGAUGCUAUUUCUAAACCUGAGAGUCUAUUUUACUAAAAUACUUGUUUUUAUCUAGGAUACUGGAAUGUUAAAGCAUUCUCUAAACAUUCACAUUUCUAUUCAGAUAAUUUAAUUUAAUAUGUAUAGUUAGAAUCAUAAGGUCUAGCUGUUGGAGCCCUGAGUAGGGAAAUCUGGAAAACUAAUUGUAUAUUAACAUUUGUGAUCUGGUGACAUUGUCAUACUUCUAUUUUGCUUGAAGCCUGCAUCCGAAGUCAGUUGCUGCUGCUGCUGCUUUUACACCCCCUUCCACUUCUGGAUCCCAUUAUAUUUCUUGAAUAAAUGUAACUGUUUAUGCGAGUGAGGUGAACCUUCCUUAAUUCCACUACAAAAGUUUCCCUUAUAAGCAUUGUCACUUAUAUUAUUACAAUUCAUAUCCUCUUGAUCUUCUGUGAGUUGUUCUGCCUAUAUUGCAAAGGUUGGAUAAUUUGAUAUCUCUAUAAUACUGCUGUCCUAAUAAUGUACAGCAUGGGUUUAUGUGAUAUUACAGUUUCAUUGUUUUCUUCUUAUAGAAGAGUCAGUUGCUCUUUUGUAUAACAUGUUUUAAUAAAUGUUACCUGUCUUUUUUCUGGA